AUGGAAAGUGGACUGAAUCGACUCGACGAGUUGCAAGGUCGACUCGGCGAGUCACAUGAAGAUGGCCGUGAACUCGACGAGUUGGAUGGACAACUCAGCGAGUGGUGGAGCCUGUGUUAUGUGAUCCGUGAGUUGGAGUUUACCUUCCGAGUUGACAUCUGCAAGGUGAGUUAUCCUCACUAUAUCGAUAGGGUCAACGGCACCAAAGUCGGCCCUUUAGUUGUUAUUGUUAUGAUAUCAGAUGAUUUAUUUACGAACACAGACUUUAGAAAAAGGUUUUCGAAGCUUAUUUGGGACAUUAAUUUGAAACCUGAUGUUUUUGAGGUGAAGUGGGGUUUGCUUAUGAAGGAAUUCAAUCUUGAAGACACAAGAUGGUUUAAAGACAUGUUUACAAUACGUGAUUCAUGGAUACCUGGAUAUUUUUGUGAUAUUCCAAUGUGUGGUUUGAUGAAGACUACAUCGAGGUCAGAGAGUAUGAAUUCAUUUUUUAAUACAUACUCAGAAAGCGGGAACUUACUUUUGAAUUUCAUGAUGAAUUACAACACUGCCAUUCAAAAGCAAAGGAAUACUCAACGAGAGCUUGAUAAAGCAUCAAAGGAAGCAUAA